CGUUUAUCCGCCGGUGGCAGCAAUGUGCAUCUUUUUAGCAUCGCUUCGCAAAAGGAGGAGAAACAUUAUAAUCACGUGAUUCUCCAGAGCCGCUUCGGAAGUGCUGGUCGUAAGCGGAAAUACACAUCCUGUCAAGUGCGCCUGGCGGGAAUCUAUUUUAUGAUAACCUGCAUGUAAACAUAUCCUACUGUACGGAUCUAUCGUAUCGUUCUAUUCUAUUUGAAGACUUUCAUUCAAACUAUUGGCAGAAGAGGAUCAUGCAGGCAUUUCUGAAAGGCGCGGCCACUCAGAGCAUUAAGCCGCAGAAAGAUAAAUCUGCCGGGACAAGCGGGGAGAAGAAGCCGAAGCCGGUGCCGUGGGUGGAGAAAUACCGACCAAAAUGCGUAGACGAAGUUGCUUUCCAAGAAGAGGUGGUUGCAGUCCUUAAGAAGUCUCUAGAGGGCGCCGAUCUGCCCAACCUGCUGUUCUAUGGACCUCCAGGGACAGGCAAGACCUCCACCAUCCUGGCUGCCGCUCGCGAGCUUUACGGCCCAGAGCUGUACCGGCAGAGAGUCCUGGAGCUGAACGCCUCAGACGAGCGAGGGAUCCAGGUGGUCAGGGAGAAGGUGAAGAGAUUCGCCCAGCUGACGGUGGCGGGGAGACGCACAGAUGGGAAGCCCUGCCCCCCGUUUAAGAUCAUCAUCCUGGACGAGGCGGACUCCAUGACGGGCGCGGCGCAGGCUGCUCUCCGGCGCACCAUGGAGAAGGAGUCGCGAACCACGCGCUUCUGCCUCAUCUGCAACUACGUCAGCCGGAUCAUCGAGCCCCUCACGUCCCGCUGCUCCAAGUUCCGCUUCAAGCCGCUGGACGACCGGAUCCAGGGCGAGCGUCUGCGGGAGAUCUGCGAGAAGGAGCAGCUCCAGUGCAGCGAGGAGGCCAUCGCUGCUCUGGUGAAGGUGUCGGAGGGGGACCUGCGGAAGGCCAUCACGUUUUUGCAGAGCGCGGCUCGACUCGACGCUGAGAAGCAGGUCACCGAGAGCCUGGUCAUCGAGAUCGCCGGGGUUGUGCCCACAAAGCUAAUUGACAACCUGCUACAAAUUUGUUACAACAGCACCUUUGAUAAACUCGAAAUCGCUGUCAAGAGCAUGAUCGACGAGGGCUACGCCGCCACGCAGGUCAUCGGCCAGCUGCACGACGCCGUCAUCGAGGAGAGCCUCAGCGACCGCCACAAAUCGGCCAUCGUGGAGAAGAUGGCGGAGGUGGAUAAGUGUUUGGCGGACGGUGCAGACGAGUACCUGCAGCUGAUGAGCCUGUGUUCUGUCAUCAUGCAGCAGGCAGCCCAGAGCACCUGAGCACCUGUCCUACCUGAGCACCACACCGCCUCACACCCCCCCCCCCCCCCCAUCAUCAUUUUGUACCUCAUUAAAAUACUGCCCAUGUUAAA